UGGCGGCCAGGCCAGUCCGCCCGGCGGCUCGCGCUCGCUCGGCUCUGCGAUCCCGCUCGCCUAGCUCAGCCGGCCCGCCGCUCCAGCUCUUCCCCUCCCGCCCGCUCCCGGCGUCCGGGCUCCCGGCGCCCCCGGUCUCCCACCCCUCCCCGACCCUGCACCCGGACUCCCAGGGGAAACUACUCUUCCGCCGAGUUGAAUGAAUGAAGACCGACGCCCGCAACUCCUAAGGAGGAGAUCUGACAGGCUGGACUCCCCAUUGCUUUUCUAAAAAUCUUGAGAACUUUGUCCUCCACUGAAUUACGACACUGUCCACUUUUAAUUUCCUCGAAAACUCCUGUAAGGCUGAAGCAGCCAUGCCUUGUGUACAGGCGCAGUAUGGGUCCUCGCCUCAAGGAGCCAGCCCCGCUUCUCAGAGCUACAGUUACCACUCUUCGGGAGAAUACAGCUCCGAUUUCUUAACUCCAGAGUUUGUCAAGUUUAGCAUGGACCUCACCAACACUGAAAUCACUGCCACCACUUCUCUCCCCAGCUUCAGUACCUUUAUGGACAACUACAGCACAGGCUACGACGUCAAGCCACCUUGCUUGUACCAAAUGCCCCUGUCCGGACAGCAGUCCUCCAUUAAGGUAGAAGACAUUCAGAUGCACAACUACCAGCAGCACAGCCACCUGCCCCCUCAGUCCGAGGAGAUGAUGCCGCACUCCGGGUCGGUUUACUACAAGCCCUCCUCGCCCCCGACGCCCACCACCCCGGGCUUCCAGGUGCAGCACAGCCCCAUGUGGGACGACCCAGGCUCCCUCCACAACUUCCACCAGAACUACGUGGCCACCACGCAUAUGAUCGAGCAGAGGAAAACGCCCGUCUCCCGCCUCUCCCUCUUCUCCUUUAAGCAGUCGCCCCCUGGUACCCCCGUGUCCAGCUGCCAGAUGCGUUUCGACGGGCCCCUGCACGUCCCCAUGAACCCAGAGCCGGCGGGCAGCCACCACGUGGUGGACGGGCAGACCUUCGCGGUGCCCAACCCCAUCCGGAAGCCUGCAUCGAUGGGCUUUCCAGGCCUGCAGAUAGGCCACGCAUCGCAGCUGCUCGACACGCAGGUGCCCUCGCCUCCGUCGCGGGGCUCGCCCUCCAACGAGGGGCUGUGCGCUGUGUGCGGUGACAACGCAGCCUGCCAGCACUAUGGCGUGCGCACCUGUGAGGGCUGCAAAGGUUUCUUUAAGCGCACAGUGCAAAAAAAUGCGAAAUAUGUGUGUUUAGCAAAUAAAAACUGCCCCGUGGACAAGCGGCGCCGGAAUCGCUGUCAGUACUGCAGAUUUCAGAAGUGCUUGGCUGUGGGGAUGGUCAAAGAAGUGGUUCGCACAGAUAGUUUAAAAGGUCGGAGAGGUCGUUUGCCCUCAAAACCGAAGAGCCCACAGGAGCCCUCUCCCCCCUCGCCCCCGGUGAGCCUCAUCAGCGCCCUGGUCAGGGCCCAUGUCGACUCCAACCCAGCUAUGACCAGUCUGGACUAUUCCAGGUUCCAGGCGAACCCAGACUAUCAGAUGAGUGGAGAUGACACCCAGCAUAUCCAGCAAUUCUAUGAUCUCCUGACUGGCUCCAUGGAGAUCAUCAGGGGAUGGGCAGAAAAGAUCCCGGGUUUCGCCGACCUGCCUAAAGCUGAUCAAGACCUGCUUUUUGAGUCGGCUUUCUUAGAACUUUUUGUUCUGCGAUUAGCAUACAGGUCCAACCCAGUGGAGGGUAAACUCAUCUUUUGCAAUGGGGUGGUCUUGCACAGGUUGCAAUGCGUUCGUGGCUUUGGGGAAUGGAUUGAUUCCAUUGUUGAAUUCUCCUCCAACUUGCAGAAUAUGAACAUCGACAUUUCUGCCUUCUCCUGCAUUGCUGCCCUGGCUAUGAUCACAGAGAGACAUGGGCUCAAGGAACCCAAAAGAGUGGAAGAGCUGCAGAACAAGAUUGUAAAUUGUCUCAAAGAUCACGUGACUUUCAAUAAUGGGGGAUUGAACCGCCCCAACUAUUUGUCCAAACUCUUGGGGAAGCUCCCAGAACUCCGUACCCUUUGCACACAGGGGCUACAGCGCAUUUUCUACCUGAAACUGGAAGAUUUGGUACCACCACCAGCAAUAAUUGACAAACUUUUCCUGGACACUUUACCUUUCUAAGACCUCUUCCCAUGCACUUGAAAGGAACUGGAAAGAACCCUAAAACUAUUCAAAGGGGGCAAAUCAUAAGGGCAGAGAUAUCCAUCCCUGAGCUGCUUCAGCUCUAGUUGGCCCCACCCUUUCCAUAAAAUCCCCAGCCCCUCAAACCUAAGAAAACAAACAAACAAAAAACAAAACAAAAAAAACAUCAACAACUGUUGCUAUUUCCUAACCUGCAGGCAGAACCUAAAGGGCAUUUGGCUCCGGGGCAUCCUGGAUUUAGAACUUGGACUACAUACAAUACAGUGGUAUAAACUUUUUAUUAUGGUUUAAAAAUCAGUUUAUUGUUCCAAAGGAAAGUUCUUAAUGUGUGAUGGAAAAUGUUUGGCCAUAUUUGGUUUGGUUUUUGCAGUUAAGACAAAUAUAAUAAACACACACAUAUGCAUCUUAAGGGGUCAUACAAAUAUUACCCUUAAAAAGAUCUCAAAAGUUUUCUGCUGUAAAGAAAGCUGUAAUAUAUAGUAAAACUAAAUGUUGCGUGGGUGGCAUGAGUUGAAGAAGGCAAAGGCUUGUAAAUUUAUCCAAUGCAGUUUGGCUUUUUAAAUUAUUUUGUGCCUAUUUAUGAAUAAAUAUUAAAAAUUCUAAAAGAUAAGUGUGUUUGCAAAAAAUAUAAAUACACAAAAAGGGACAAGCAUGUUGAUUCUAGGUUGAAAAUGUUAUAGGCACUUGCUACUUCAGUAAUGUCUAUAUUAUAUAAAUAGUAUUUCAGACACUAUGUAGUCUGUUAGAUUUUAUAAAGAUUGGUAGUUAUCUGAGCUUAAACAUUUUCUCAAUUGUAAAAUAGGUGGACACAAGUAUUAAACAUCAGAAAAUCCUGACAAAAGGGACACAUAGUGUUUGUAACACCGUUCAACAUUCCUUGUUUGUAAGUGUUGUAUGUACCGUUGAUGUUGAUAAAAGAAAGUUUAUAUCUUGAUUAUUUUGUUGUCUAAAACUAAAAUGAAUUUGCAUGCAGCAGCUUUUGACUGUUUCCAGAGUGCUUAUAAUAUACAUAACUCCCUGGAAAUUACUGAGCACUUUGAAAUUUUUUUGUUUUUGUUUUUUUAAUGUCUAAAAUUGUCAGUUAACAUUAUUUUGUUUGAGUAAGAAUUUUAAUAUUGCCAUAUUCUGUAGUAUUUUUCUUUGUAUAUUUCCAGUAUGGCACAUGAUGAGUCACUGCCUUUUUUUCUAUGGUGUAUGACAGUUAGAGACUGAUUUUUUUUCCUGAUAAAUUCUUUCUUUGAGAAAGACAAUUUUAAUGUUUACAACAAUAAACUAUGUAAAUGAACAGAAA